CCUUGGGUCUCGCGAUAUCUGGUCGCUCACCUAUGGAAAUACACCUGUGACAAUCCCACCAACCCCACUCACCCUUGCGGGUGGGCACAGUCAUUGGGCACCACUUCUGGAAGGGGUCUCUCUCCAUUGGGUCUCGCGAUGGAUACCUUGUUCCUCAGGUCCACGGUCCUCCACGUUUUCUGCCAAGUGACCUGGAAUGCUUAUUUGCAUCAGCAGAAACAAACAAUGCGCCUGCCUUCCGAAUUCUGGCAGGGGGAAAGGUGGCCUUCUCGGACGUGGACCCUGAUCUUAUUAUUUUAGAAGAUACGUUUGGGAAGGACACUCACAGACUGGAGAGGUGGGAUGACUAGACAGACACGCAAACCGUGCGUAGAAUGGCCCUGUUUGUGUGACAGCACCUUACCCUGGAUAGUUGCAGCUCGCAUUGUCUGAGAGAGAAGCUGGGAGGCAUUUAAGGAGGAGGAGCAAUAGGCAUACACAGAUGGAAUACACAACUGGGGAGAACGUGGCCUGAUAUGAGUGCAGACACAUUUCUUUAUGACUGAGUUACAGAUGCUGCAUGGAUGCCCUGGUUUGUGGGCUUGAACACAUACUUGCUAUUCCCAGGAGAUAUCUGCGUGACAAGGCCCAGGACCCCCACGGGGGCUGGAUCAGAGGAAACCAACCCCGGGAGAUGACACAGCCUCCUAGGAUGAAGCGUCACUCUGCGUGAUCCCUAAGUUGAACUCCAUACCGCCACAGUACACAUUUACUAUUGCAUCAUCCAGAAGGAUACGCCCGCACCACCCUGAGCGACCUCAGUCAGUUCAAACUUCUCUACCAGAUUCUGGAGGGAGGACAGCACCACAGGCAGGAGAGCAGAGCCGGAGAGGACCAGCGGACAGUCACAGUGCCCAGAACAACCAAAGGAGUCACCCUGUCCCGAUCAGCACAGCCCCAGAGUCCAGUCGCCAUGGCCUCUGCAGAGUAUGUGCUCUGUGGCUGGAAGGGCCAGCUGUGGCCUGCGAGGGUGUUGUCCAGACCCAGGACCCUAGCCCAUAGUAAGAGGAGAGGGGCGCCCUUCCUGGAGGUCCAAAUACUGCCUGCGGGUGAGAAGACUAGAGUGAGGAGCACCGAGGUGAGGCCCCUAACCAAGUCUGAAAUCAUAAGCAUCGCCUCCUUGGCAGGAAAGAAGUCACAGGGCAGUGGCUCGCCAGGGCAGACCAGGGCAUACAGGAGAGCCCUCAAGGUGGCCCUGGAUGUUCUGGGCGAGGGAACCAGCUUGUUUCAAGGACGAAGAGCAGGCGGCCGAAGAACCAGCACCGUGGCUCCAAAGGUUCCGAAAGAGCAGGCCAGUUCCAGCAGCUCCAGCCGAGGCCAGUGCCCACGCCUGCGCCUCCAAGUGAGCAACCAGAAAGGCCCAGGGCUCUCCCAGGGGAGUCCUGGGAAGCGGGGCCGCCCCCCGGGUCCUGUGCUGAUGGGCUCACAGAAUGUGCCUGCAGUGCAAGGGGGGGAAGCCCAGGCCCACACUGCUGUAGGGCCCCCUGGCUUUGAAAUGCAAGGAAAUGUGUUAAGAGGCACCAGAGUGUGGCCAAGUUACUCUGAGGCACCUUUGGGGAAUGCUGGUGGUAAUCCAGGGAAGAGAAAGCCAGGCACAUCCAAGCUCAGGUCUUUGCAUGCCCCAGCCUCCAGGGAGGGUACCCGGGCUAAAAACGAGCAGCAGGUUGCCUCUGGGCCACCGAGGCGCAUCUCUAUCUCACCCAAAGCUCUCAAAGGAGUUCGGUGUGCUGACCUAAAGAUCCGGGCAAUUGGAGCUCAAAGGAAGACCGCCCUCCCAGAGAACAAGGACCAUCCUGGACCCGGGACCCCGAAGCCAGACUCAAAGGGAGCAUUGGCAGCCUGCAUGCCUCCAAUCCCGAGGCUGCGAAGGUCACGUCGCAUAGCUAGUCGAAAAAGGAAGAUCCGUGUGCCGUGUGCACAGUGCGGGCUCCCAGAAUGGGAACCCCAAGUGCACUCAAAGGUGACUAACACCAGGUUCAAGAGGAGAGGGGCUGGAGUUCAAAAAGAUGCCCAAGCCACCAACGUGGCUUCUGCCCAGGGGCCCAGUACCAUUGAGCAAGGAUCGCUGGUCUGGUUCAAAUUUCAGGACCUUCCUUUCUGGCCAGCGGUGGUCAAGAGUGUCAGCAUAAACGACCAGGUGGCGAGGGUGCUGUUGAUCGAGGGCAACAUGCAGUUUGAGCGCAGGGGUAUCCGUGCCCCUCUCCGAAAGUUGAAGCACCUGGACUGUGGGGAGAAAAUAUCACUCGUGAGGAGAGCCAGCAGACUGUACGCCCAGGGCAUCAACUGGUGCUUCUCAGUGAUCGACCACUACAGAGAGGGCCUCGCCUGUGGCUCCGUCUUGGGCUCCUUUAUGGACUAUUACACCACCCAAGCCAGUUACCCGCUAAGGAGAGCCGUCCAGGAGGGCGACCUGCACAUCGAUUUCCCCAAGGUGAGCUAUGCCGACUUGGAAGAUUGGGAGGAGGAGACUGCCCUGGGUGGAAAGGGGCCCCUCAAGAAACUCCUGCCUGACCGCACGAGGGCCGCUUGGGACAGAGCCAACCAGAAGCUCGUGGACUUCAUCGUGAAGAGAAAGGGGGCCGACCAGCACCUGCUGGACAUCGUGAAGGGCAGAAAACCAUCCAGGUGGCUGGACGAACUUUGGAAGUCAAAGAGGGAAGUCCUCUGCAUUGAGACCUACCUGGAAGACGAGGACCAGCUGCAUCUCGUGGCCAGACAUUUACAAGAAAUAGCCAAGGAAGCAGACGAGGCCCUACUCUCGAGGGCAAGAGGAGACAGAGUGCGGUUUACCAUGGAGGUUCUUCUUCCAGAAGCAAUCAUCUGCUCCAUCGCUGCCCUGGAUGAGCUCAGCUACAAGGAAGCAGAAGAGAAGUACCUGCGUGGCCCACCCUUGCACUACCGUGAGAAAGAGCUAUUCGACAAGACUGUCUUAAAGGUGGCCAGGAAGAGGUCAGCAGCCAGGAUUCAAGCUGCCAGGGACCCUCCUGUGCCCACUCCUUAGAAGGGGGCGUCGUCCUCCUUUCAGCUGUCACCCCUGAGGCUCCCAAGACAGGAGACAGGAAGUGCCUCCAAACUGGAACAUCUGGGAGAUCUUGAGGGGUGCGCUAUGGCUGCUGUUGUAGAAAUUUAAUCAAGCCGGGAUGCUUCAUAAAAAAUGCCAGAAAGCAGGAGGUCCACUUAUCCUUAAGAUAAAGAGGUUUUACAAGAGUUCACAAAAUAAACACCCAUCCCCAAGGAAUGCAGCUUCCUAAGGACAUCUCCGGGGGAGCAGAUCUCCCCCACCCCUCCUGCGAGUCACAGGUGUGUUAUCCUAACCUGGAGGAGAAAAGUCAAUAGAAACUAAAGAACAAUGAACAAGAUAAAGUAUAACUCGCUCUGUGUUGUAAUCUGUAACUAGCCCCCC